ACGCGACGGUGCUAAUUUGCCAGCUGGGAUAAGGACGACAAAACACUAUGAAAGUGACUACCCUACUGUAUGAAUCGGCCUCGGAGUCUCUACCACUGCUCUCGUCUCUGUCUUUGCCACUCACAGACGCUAUUCAGUCGCAGCUCUGAACGUGUAGCUCUCGGUGUGUGUAGCGCUCCAUUGAUUGAUCUGUUCUGGAUUGACGCGCGCUGACGACGACCCCUAGAGGCUGGAGGAGGCACAUACCAGAACUGGACACGAUGGCCACGGACGAGAACGAGGUUCACGUGCUGCCAGGCUUCAUCCCCAUCUUCUGGUGCUUCGUGGCUGUAGGUAUCGUGCUCUUCUACUACUCACUGGGAUACGCCAAGAAAUACUCAACUACCGCCGCCUUCCUGCUCACUCCAUUCAUCUGCUUCAGCCUUGUGUUUGAUAAUGCCGUCAUGGCUACAACUGGAAUCGAUCGGCGACAUGCCAGCACUCAAGCAAUGUUAGCAUUCCACGCCUGUGUGACGCCUAUGCUGCUUCUGGUAUGCUAUGAACUGGCCUAUAUGGUGCACAAGCAUAAGUCUGUCAAUUUCUGCGGGAUCGCGUUCGAAAGUGGCCAUAGAGAACGUGGUAGUAGCUGUGCCAACGCAGGAGCAGCAUCAGCUCUGGCUAAACGACGCUGGUGGAUGUCAACGUGUCUACGCUUUAUCGUGUGGCUCGUGGGUUGUGCCUUAUUGGUACUAAAUCUACUGGUAGCGUAUCGCUGGACGUCGGACCUCUCGCUCGAGAUUACCAGUAUGUACGAGCUACAGGGGGACAGUACGGCACACGCGGUUUGUGCGAUUCUACCGGCUUUGAUACUGGUGGUUUUGGCUCUGUAUAUCGGCAUAAGACUGUGGAAUUAUGGCACCAAUUACUCGUACAUGGUACACGCCACGUGCUUCAAUCCGUGGAUCUGGAUGCUCGUGGGUGCAGUGGCGCUGCUUAUUGGGUAUUUGAUGCCGUCACCCAUCUUCGCGUUGUCUUCGAACGCGGGGGAGUUGGUGAUGAUGGCUACAAUCGUGCGGAUGUUCCGUGAAGUGCACCACGACAUGCAGCAGGGGCUUCAAUUCGGCGAGUUUAUCGAUCCUGAGGGCGCUGCUGCACGCAGACAAGGACCACAGAGUCCCAACGCACGCAGUCAAAGCCUCAGUUUGAGCAAGAGCUUGAGUCAUAGCAAGAUGGCUGCAGAGCAAUCAAAUGGCUACAUGGCCGUCACGACCCCCAAGGAGUCGGAAUUGCCUGCUACAUUCGCCAAUCGACUGCGUCGCGGGGAUGAAGAGGAAGGACAACCAAGUGCGAGUGCUGCUUACCUAUCCGUCGUCAUUGCUCGAGAGCAGACCAACCCGCUGUGUCAAUAGGAAAAAGAAGCAGGACCCUUUUUUGAUAUUUCAGAAAUCCCCACAUUGACACCCAAUGUACUUGUAGAAGAAGCCAACAAUCCACUUAUUCUUUUUGAGAAUACUUCUUCUAC